AAAUGUCUGGAUGCGCCAAUGCUGGUCAAGCUCUCAGCAGAGGCUUGAAGUCGUACACUUCCAAAGCUGCAUAUACACUACCCUUUCUCUAUCAAACACCCACCCUGCGCCGCUACUAUAGCGCACUACAAGACCUGGCUAACGAGAACGCCCCGAGGCCCGUCCAGAACAUCAGACUCAGAAAAUCAAGAAUCGCCCGAGAACCUACAUCUACCACCGCUCCUUCCACCAAAAAGCCAGAGUACGAAGACUUUGUGCCCUUUGAAACUCCUGGAGCGACAGAGUCAGCCGUCGUGCAAGAUACUGUCCAAGGAGAGUCUCUUACAGGGACAGAGCGUAAUGCUUUCGCCCAACUCGAAGCUCUAGCCAAUGCUCCUAAACGACCCGUCGCCAGAAAGAGGGAACCGGUAUUGAGUCUAGACGAUGUGCUCAACGAAGCAAUCACUGCCAUUGGGGUCAUGGAGCAGGAACAAAUUCAACGCCGCGAACAAAAUCCCACACCCACAAAGAAAAGAUCAAGAGGUGGCGCACAAGCAGCAAAGGCAGCAGCGGUCCAGAAAAAUCCUAGAAAGAGCGAAGAUGACAAUCUCAGUCUCACCACUGCAUCAGACACAGCAGUAUCCAGCCCCAAAGAGCAAAAGAAGACAGACUGGAUACCACUGACUCGCGAAGACAAGCGCGCCCUUAUUGCUUUACAGCACUCAGACGUGACAGAUCCAAUGCACUGGUCCGUCAAGAGAGCAAAAGAUCAGAAAGAGCCAGAGCCAGCACCACAAGGGUCAAAAGAAUCAAUAUUCAGAGAACUCGCUCGCGACAACAAACGCCUCCUUACCGCCCUCCACCUCGCACCCACAGACACCGAGCUCUGGGAUAUCCUCGAAAAAACUUCUUCCGCGAAAUCGGCCUCUUGCACCUCGACAGCCCUGCCCCUGCCUCUGCAACAAUUUCCCCGAACGCCGCAGCUUCCUAAUGCAACCGCCUCCGUCCUCCGCACCUACUUUCCCACCUCUAACCUCAUCCUCGCCAUUCUACCGCGCAUAAAACAACUGGGUCCUUCAGCAUACGCUUUAGCAGCAACCGCAGACCUCUAUAACCAACUCCUCGCCUUCCACUUUCGAAAAUUCUCCGACGUGGGGACUUGCAACGAGCUCCUCCAAGAAAUGGAAGAUAAUGUCAUUGAACCCGCACCUUCCACCCUAAAAGUUCUAGACUAUAUCCUCAACUACCGCAACGAAUGCGUCAACAAUGAGAAACUGGGGCAAGCGGUAAAGUCGCUGUUUACCACUGAAAAAUACCGUAGGGAGUUUGCGGUGAUGGAGAGGUGGAGGGCAAAGGUGGAGCAGAGUUUGGCCGAGCAGCAGAGUAGGCGGCAGAGAAGGGAGCAGAGGAAAGAGAUGAUGGAGGCAGAGGAGGUGGAUGAUGAACCUCCUAGGAUGUCUCAUCGACCGCUGAGGAAAGAACAUUCUUACCGACCUCUGAAGAAUCUUCUUGGGAAAGAAGAGAGGCCGAUGAUUACGUCU